AUGGAAGAAAUUUCUCAAAGAACAGGAAGUGACACCUCAAGUUUGGACUUCAAUCACACCAUAUCAUUGGUCAAAAAUUCGCAGAACCUCAAAGAAGCUGGCAGAAGGAAUACCAGCAAAUGGAAGGUUCAGAUGCGCAAGAUAAAUUUUAAGAAUUAGGACUUCAAAGACUAUCGUCUUUGGAACCUCUUUAAAUAAAGAACUUUGUGCACAAAGAGAUCAACUGGAUGAUUCUCAAUUUUUACAAAAUGGGAUUUCAAAUUUGAAAAAGCCAUAUGUCCCUGAUUUUGGAUAUGAAGGAGCAACUCCUGAGAUCUUAUUCGGCACUGCAAAGAAAGGAUGGGCUCUUAUAGCAGAUUCUAUACUCUCAUUCCCUAGGUUGGAAAGUUCUUCGAGGGUGAUAAAGAAAAUAGCCAAGAAAGUUUCUUCUAGUCGUAAGAGUAUGAAGAACAACAAGAUGGGCUUGAAUUUGUGCAAGCUUAAGCGUUAUAAUAAGUCCUUAAACUCCUCACUUGGAAGCCCAGUUCGGCCAAGGACUGAAAUGGAGAAUUUCUCGUUUAACAAAGUUGUUCGAAUAUCUCCAGAGCUGGAAGAGGCUGAUUCUCGGAUAAAACUUCAUAAGCCAGUAAAGAAGUUCAGGAUGAGAAAGAGAAGUAAAAAUAAUGGUGAUUUGAAUGCCUUUAAAAGAUAUCCCUCAAGAAUAGUCAAGUGCAGAGAAUUCACUGAAAGUGUCCCCAAGGACCUUAAUAAGCGAAAUAGUUCAUGUAAAAGAAGCAGAAAGUUUAGACUACAGAAUGGGAAUACAGUGAGAUUGUCUAAUUCUUUACAAAAAAAGGAUCUGUCGAAUAUUAAGUUUUGUAAGACAAAACAAAAGAUAAGGGAAUUCCUUUCAAACCAGAGUGGGCCUUUGUUUGAUGCCAACAUAAACAUCAGAAAUUUUGAUAUGAAGAACGAGCAGAUCAAGCUAGUACCUCAGAACGAGAAGAAAUGAGGAAAGGCCAUUAGUAAAUCCUUCAUCAGUCAAGAUCCCAAGGAGCUUAAAUAAGUUAGCUUCCGUUCAGAGUUCGAUCAGGAAGAUCAACAACCAAUUUCAUGAAUUCCUAAACCAAGAUUUGCCCUUGAAGCCGGAGCAGUUUAAAAAUAAGCUAGCCAACCACUUUUCUACGAAAUUAGUUGACAAUAAGCGCCUGAAAUAUGCUGCUCCCAUGACAGUGAUUUCAACAUCAGAGUCUUGAGUGCCAGAUCUUUCUGAGUCUCUCAAUCUGAGAGAGUCGGUUAAUGCACCAGGGUCUCAAAAGAAGCCAAGAUUCUUAGCCAUCUCCCCUGACAGCCAGGCUUAUGAUGAAAUGGUAUCGCAGAAGAACAAGCAGAAGAGGAUUUUUAAUAGCUAGGGUGGAUAAAUGAACUUCA